AUGUCCUUCUUCCACGCCGGCGGAGCAACAAUUCCCCACAACAACUUUCCCCACUCCACCGAUUUUGGCCUUUUAAAAUCCUCCCUCAAAUCCCUCCUCAAUCUCGACUUUACCAAACUCGGCUCCCUCAUCGCUCUCGCAAGCAUCAUCCCCCCAGCAUGGAACUACCUCCUUCAAACAUGGCACUCCACGGGGUCUUGGAUCCGGCAUUUCUUCAUCUCCUCCAUCACCAUCCCAGCCGGAGAUCCCUGUAAUCGAAAUGUCACCCUCUGGCUUCUAGAAAACAUCCUCCACCCUCAAACCAUGAGAUUCUUCACCGCACGCACCCCUCUCUCCUCCCGAGACAUCGACCCAGGCGCCUCAUUAAAAAAAUCCACCCGACCAAUCCAAUACAUUCCCCACUGGAAAUCCACCUGGUUCUUCCACGCCUCCCACCUCUUCAUUAUCCAACACGCCGCCCAAAAUCUCCCCGCCAAUCUCUCCGACGCCACCUACGACGGCAUCGGCGGGGAAGACCUCACCAUCCACUGCUUGGGACUCUCCGUCCUCCCCAUCCAAAAUCUCCUCGAAACAGCCCGGCACUUCUCCGAUGCGAAAUCGCAAUUCUACGUCAUCAUCUACUCGCGUGAUCGAUGGGGUAUGUCCUGGAAACCCACCUCCCGMCGUCCCCUCCGCGCUCUCAGCACCGUGCAUUUCGACGCCGGGCUGAAGAAACGUCUGAUGGAUGAUUUAAGGAAUUACUUGGAUGAGAGGACCAGAGUGUUGUAUCAGAGUCGCUGUAUGCCUUAUCGGAGAGGAUAUUUAUUAGAGGGACCGCCCGGGACGGGGAAAUCUAGUCUCACAGCUGCGAUUGCGGGGGAAUUUGGCUUGGAUUUGUAUGAAUUGAAAGUCUCGACGAUUGGAGGGGAUGGGGAAUUGGAGGGGGCUAUGAGGGAGGUUCCGCCUAGGGGGAUUGUGUUGUUGGAGGAUGUGGAUUGUGUGUGGUCGAGGGAUGCCCCUUCUCAUUCUUCUCCAAGAAGUAGUGAGGACACGGGAAAUUCUAAUGGGGGAGGAAGUGUUACAUUGUCAGGUCUCUUGAAUGUUUUGGAUGGAGUGGGUAGUCAAGAAGGUCGCGUGGUGAUUAUGACGACCAAUCAUCUGGAAUUAUUGGACCCGGCACUCAUUCGUCCGGGAAGAAUUGAUUUCGUGGUGCAUUUGGGAUAUAUUUCGAAGAGUUGUGCACGGGAGAUGUUUUUGAGGAUGUUUAAGCCGGAAUUGGUUAGUUGGGCUAGGUUGACAUCUACAUCGACAUCUAUGAUGGAGGGAGAUGAUGAGAAGAAUGGGGUUGAGGGGAAUGGGGGAAAUGGGGGGAAUGGGGGGAGGGAUGAAUUAGAGGACUUCAUCGAUGGGGAACAAAUUCGAAUUUUGGCGAGGCAAUUUUCGGAGAGGAUUCCUGAGGGGGUUUUUACGCCUUGUCAGUUACAGGGGUAUUUUCAAUUGCAUUUGGCUAGUGCUAGGGAGGCUGUGGCUGGGAUUGGGGAGUGGGUUGAUAGGGAGAGGGGGAAGAUUUGA